AUGUUUGGAGCAAUCGCCGUACCCUCACGGUGUCUCCGGUGUCUCCGAAACCCAAGCUUGCUAUUAAGGAUACCCUCUAGGCAAAACCGGCUUCAAUCAUCAGCUACCGGCCUAUCAAAUGCACUACUCAAUCGAGCUCGCUCAGUCGCCAAAGAACAUGACAGCCUCUCCCAACGUCUAUUAGAAAACUUCGACCCCAAGAUCGCAAAGCGUAUGGGCGAACUUGCACCUAUAACUAGAGCAUUGAAGGAGUGGGAAAUCGCCAAUGAAAGCAUCGCAGAACUGGAAUCAUUGCUUAAUGACCCGGAAACUGACUCGGAGUUAAGAUCUCUGGCAAUUGAAGAUCUCGACCAGACCAAGUCCAAACUCCCGGCGGCAUCUGAAGAAUUGAAGAAAUCUCUAAUCCCAAAACAUCCUUUCGCCCCACUCCCAUGUCUUUUGGAAAUUCGGCCUGGUGCGGGGGGUGACGAAGCUGGUUUAUUUGCUUAUGAGCUAUUGAAGAUGUAUAUUUCGUUUUGUUCGCGGCAUGGCCUACGGACGAUUAUUAUAAAGAAGGAUAUGGAGGAUGGCACGGCGGAUGACCGUCUCACUGAGGCUGUGAUGGAAGUUGAGACACCUGGUAGCUACGACAUCCUAAGGACUGAGAUUGGGGUUCACAGAGUUCAAAGAGUCCCAACAACAGAGACCAAAGGCCGCACACAUACCAGCGCCGUGAGUGUGAUGAUUCUUCCGAGUUUUCCUGAGACAGGAGGCGAGGAUGGGAGUUUCAAUUUCGAGGAUCCAAAUAGCGACUAUUAUGUUGAUCCCCAGGAAGUGCGGUCGGAAAAGAUGCGUGCUAGCGGUGCUGGGGGACAACAUGUCAAUAAAACAGAGUCCGCCAUCCGUUUGACCCAUAUUCCAACGGGGAUCGCUAUUUCCAUGCAGGAUUCAAGGUCUCAACAUGCCAAUCGCAAAAAAGCCUGGCAGGUUCUUCGGGCAAAGCUUGCUGAAAAGAGACGAGAGGCACGGGAGGAGGAAAUGGUGAAGCUUCGAAGAGGAGCUAUGGGCGGUGUUGCAAAGAUGGGCCGUGGCGAUAAAGUCCGGACCUAUAAUUUCAGUCAAAGCCGAUGCACUGAUCAUCGAAGUGGCUCUACGGUUCAUGAUCUGACGAGCGUUCUCGAUGGUGGCUUUGGGCUGGAGACUAUUAUGGAUAGUGUGCGAAAGUGGCUCGUGGACCGUGAAGUAGAGGUCAUGAUCACAGAAGAGCAGACGGGGAAAAAUUAA